UAAUGUCUUCCUCUCUCCUCAUCUUGUCCAGGGGCCACAGUGUGUUUAAAUGUCUUCCUCUCUCCUCAUCUUGCCCAGGGGCCACAGUGUGUUUAAAUGUCUUCUCCUCUCCUCAUCUUGUCCAGGGGCCACAGUAUGUUUUAAUUUCUUCCCCUCUCCUCAUCUUCUUCAGGGGCCACAGGUCAAGUCAACGGUCACCAGUCCGUCCGCUCCCUGCCCUCUGUCCGUCACGACAUGGGUCGCUACCAGAGAGUAGAUGAGCCACUUCCUCCCAACUGGGAGGCCCGUAUAGACAGUCACAGUCGUGUGUUCUAUGUGGACCAUGUGAACCGCACCACCACCUGGCAGAGACCCACCGCGCCUCCAGCACCGCAGCUCCUCCAGAGGUCCAACAGCAUACAGCAGAUGGAACAGCUCAACCGCAGGUAUCAGAGUAUACGCAGGACGAUGACCAAUGAGAGAACAGCAGAGGAGCUGACAGCUCCGCCCGAGGUGCCCACCGACGACACUGACCACCAUACUAUCCCAGAGUAUCGUCGUGAUGGUGUGGUGACUCCAGAUAGUUCUCGUUCUCGUCUCAGUCUGCUCCUCCAGUCUCCCAGCGCUAAGUUCCUGACCAGCCCUGACUUCUUCACCUUGCUGCAUUCCAACCCUAGUGCCUACCGCAUGUUUACAGGUAACACCUGCCUGAAACACAUGAUCAGUAAGGUGCGUCGGGACACGCAUCACUAUGAGCGCUACCAGCACAACAGAGACCUGGUGGUUUUCCUCAACAUGUUCUCCAACAAACAGCUGGAGCUGCCCCGUGGCUGGGAGCUGAAGCACGACCACACUGGCAAGCCUUUCUUUGUGGACCACAACUGCCGGGCCACUACGUUCAUCGACCCUCGGCUCCCUCUUCAGAGCAGCACACGUCCCAGCAGCCUCCUGGCCCACCGCCAGCACCUGACCAGACAACGCAGCCACAGCGCUGGCGAAGUCAGCCCACAACACAUGGUGGGUGACCACCCUCGUCGUUCUGGAGGAGGACCCCCUGUAAUGCCCCGCCCAUCCAGCACCUUCACCCCGGUCAGCCGCACCCAGUACCAAGAUGUAGUGCCAGUGGCUUACAACGACAAGAUUGUGGCGUUUCUUCGACAACCCAAUAUCUUUGAGAUCCUGCAGGAGAGACAGACAGAGGUUUAUCAGGAACCACUGGCUCAGGGAGAAGGUGCAGUUGAUCCGUAA